AUGAGAUCUUUACAAGUAGCACAUAGAUUAGAAGGCAAGGAUGUUCUAUUAAUCGGAGGAGGUGAGGUAGCCAUGACGAGGAUACCCAAGUUGUUACCGACUGGAUGUAAAAUAACACUAGUUGCUCCAAUUUUAGAUAAAUUUCUAAAAGAGAAAUAUUUUUGUUCCAAUAAUGGUAUACAUACAGUUUCCAGUGGUCAAAUAAGUAUUAGAAAAGAUUGGACACCUGAAGAUUAUUCCAUUUAUAAAAUUAUUGAAUCCAAAUUCCAUGAGGACUAUUUAUUACAAUCUUCGACGUGGUCAAUGAUUUUGCUAUGCAUACCUGACAAAUUGGAGUCUGAGAGGAUAUAUCAUCUUUGUAAACGCAAGUAUGGUCAACAACAAAUGAUUAAUGUGGCAGAUAUCCCUAAAUUCUGCGAUUUCUAUUUCGGUUCGAAUAUAAAUUUAACUAAAGAUGGUAAUUUGCAAAUCUUGAUUAGCUCAAACGGAUUAUCACCGAGAUUCACUUCCUUAGUGAAAAACGAAAUUGGCUCAAUGUUUGAAGACUGGGAAUUAGAUGGAGCAUUGGAGAAGCUAGGACAAUUAAGAUCAAGUAUACGUCAACUAACGGAUAUGGACAUCAGUAUCAAAUAUAGAAUGCAAUGGAUCAAAAAAUGCACUGAUAUUUUUGGUCUUUCUUAUUGCCAUAAAAUCGACGUCAAUAAGUUAGUGGAAUUAUUUAAAUCAAUGACUUCAAUUGAACCGAAGAGUUUAGAAUUCCCAUCAAGGGAACACAUGUUGAGUAACUACACAUCGUAA